AUGUCUGCUCCGCCACCAAUCUGGGGCAAGUUUGAGCAAGAUCCGCGUGCCCAUGUCGACAAAAUCACCGGCAAGUGGCAGUACGAAGACGAACAGACCGGUCAAGAAUAUGAAUGGACUGGGAAGACUUGGAUAGCUCUCGUGCCCGCAGCCCCCGUAUUAGCACGAGAGGAAAAGAUCAAGAAGCGCAAGGCGGGAGACAAGGAAAACAACCGGGAGGCUAGGCCAGCCAAAGUACAGAUGACCGGUCCCAAAUCCAAGAAGACUGCGGUCUGGGUCAGUAACCUCCCUCCCAAUACUACCGUCGACCUCCUUCAAUCGGUAUUCAGCAAGGCUGGAGUGCUUCACGUCGAUGAUCAAGGCAAGCCCCGCAUAAAGCUCUACUAUGACGACGAUGGCAAGUUCAAGGGCGAUGCUUUGGUCAUGUAUUUUAAAGAGGGAAGCGUCGACUUGGCUAUCACAUUACUUGACGACACUGAGUUGGAGCUGGGAGCGGGGUACGGUAACAUGCGUGUCCGCGUCGCAGAAUAUGAUCGAAGCGAAACAUCUGAAGCAAAUCCAGAGCCGGCCCAGAAGGCUACACACCAGCCUCCACAGAAAAAGCCAUUGACGGCGGAAGAGAAGAGCCGCAUGAAGCGACGAAUGCGCCAACUUGAGAGCAAGCUCACCUGGCACUCUGACGACGACGACGACGGAGCCAGGGCUUCCAGCAACAUUUCAUCCCAGCUCGGUCGCGUUGUGGUGCUCAAGGGCAUGUUCAAGCUGAGGGAAUUGGAGGAGGAACCAGAACUCAUCCUGGAGUUGAAAGAGGACGUUCGUGAAGAGGCCGAGACACUCGGGGCUGUCACGAGUGUUGUUCUUUACGACAAGGAGGAGGAAGGGGUGAUGACAGUCAAGUUCAAGGACCCUGUCGCAGCUCAGGCAUGCGUUAAGAAGAUGGACGGUCGGUACUUCGGCGGGCAGAGGGUGUCUGCCGCUAUCUUUUCUGGCAAGGAGAGAUUCCGCAAGUCUGGCGGCCUCUCAUUUGGAGAAGAUCUAGAGGAGCAAGAACGGCUGGACAAGUUCGCCGAAUGGAUUGCAGAGUCAGAAGAUUGAGAGGGAGCCUGAGAGUGAACAGUGCAUACAUGUACAUAAACCGCUAUGACACCAUCACUCCUUCUUGGCGAGAAUCUCCUCCACGCGCGCCUUCUUGUGGUCGUUGCCACCGCUGGAGAUCUCACGGUCUGUACGCGUACCAAUGCGAAUGUCGGUCUGAGGUCAACGGUGAGCAGUCCGUUUGGCGUACCGCAAUACGAGGGGUGCCCAUCUUGUGCACAGCCUCAUGACACGCUCCGAUAGCCUGCCCAUCAGCACUGCAACCCGUGCGGCCAACUUACCUCCAUUACCUUAUCCCACGGGCCCUCGACGUUCGUUCCGUAGCCGCUGAGGUCAGUGAUCCAUCCAUCCAGUACACCUCACUGAAGCUACACGAGGUCAGCGAUCGGUGCAGAAGAUGCCACCCACCCUGUAUUCCAGGCCGCUCUUCUCAAGCACGCGCUGACACUCAG